UCUAUUUAUAGUGUUGGUGAACACGCAUCAGAAAAUUUGAGAAUCAUGGCCAGUAACCCGAGUGUGUGUGGUGUCUGUGAGCAUCGCCAUGUUACCAAACCAUCGGUAGUCUGGUGUUCAGAAUGUGAUGAAGGACUUUGUGAAGAUUGUAAGGAACAUCACAGUUUUUCCAAGGCAACAAGGAAUCAUGAAAUAGUUCUCAUUGGGGAAUAUAUGAAGCUACCAGCGAAAAUUUUACAAAUAGCGCAAUUUUGUAACAAGCAUAACGAAAAAUACGAACUUUUCUGUAGGAAACACGAUUGUCCAUGCUGUAGGAAAUGUGUAGAGGAUCAUAACAGAUGUAAUGAUUUAACUGAUAUCAGAACCAUGAUACACAAUGUGAAAUCUUCAGCUGCGUUUCAGGAAAUGGAACACGCCUUGUCAGAAACCGCUGAGAAUAUCAAAAGAGUGCGUAUAAAUCGGGAGGAAAAUUUGACAUCACUUGCAGAGAAGAGAAAGAUUGUUGAAUUGGAAAUUCGGCAAUUUCGAAACAAAAUUAAUGACUAUCUUGAUGAACUUCAAGAUAAGAUAUUGAAGGAAAUUAAAACGGUGGAAGAAAAAGAAAGUAACAAAAUUCGACAACUACUGACGUCAUUAAUGCAGAGAGAAAAGGAGAUUUUGGAAUACAAAGAUAGCGUUGAAAAUACAAAGCGAUAUGCCUCUAACCUGCAAUCAUUCAUUGCAAUGAAACACGUUGAAAAAGAUAUUAUCAAAGAAGAGAUUUAUAUUCAAUCAAUCUGCAAAAGCGAACAAUUGCACCAAAUCGAUAUAUCGUAUACGAUGAACACAGCAUUGCAGGAAUUGGCCACUACAACGAAGACGUUUGGAGAAGUUAUUGCGAGUUUCACUGCGUGUAAUAUAUACAUCCAGAAAAGAAGAAAUAAACAAGCUAAGAUAAUUGUACCUCCUUCAACAAACCAUUUCGAUAAUGUAAGUCUCAAGGUAAAACAAACAAUACAAACAAAACUGCCAAACGUUUGUGGAUGUACCUUCCUUCCUGAUGGUAAAAUGAUUUUCUCAUGUUGUACUAGCGAUCAAGUACGGGUUUUAAAGCCGAAUGGUUCAUAUGAUUUUGAUCUGAACAAAAUUGGGCCUGUUUUGGAUGUGGUAUAUAUUGGAGAUAAUUCUGUAGCUGUUACAUCGGGUGGAACUGUAGGUUCAAAACAGAUCAAUAUAAUCGAUGUUAAAAACAGAAAAGUGAAGAAAACAUUGAAGGUCAAUUCCGCCAACUACGGAGUAGUAUUCAAAGAUGGAAAGUUGAUGUACUGUGCUGGAGAGAAGGGAAUAAAGAUGGUCAGUCUUGGUGAUGAAUCUAUAACCAGUAUUAGCACUAGUAAAAUGUCAGAACAAGCUAAUGUAGCUACUCACGGUGACAAGCUGUUUUACACAAACGUUAUCAAUGACAAUGUUACCUGUUGUGAUUUCCAUGGUAAACACUAUGGACAUUCAGCAAAAGCAGUGCUCUGACCUUUCCCUUCGGUAUAUCUGUCGAUAAUGCUGGGAAUGUAUAUGUUGCCGGAACACAUUCUCACAAUGUGGUCGUUAUCUCUACAGAUGGUCAACGUUAUAGACAAUUAUUAUCGGAGAAAGACGGACUGUACCAUCCAGUAUCUUUGGAGUACGACCGAUCGAACAAUAAACUUUUAGUUGCCAAUAAUAAGGAAACCGCUUUCGUGUUUGAUGUUGUAUGACAAUAAGCUUUGUUUAAUACCGUCUUUUCCAUUUUUGAAACCUCGUAUUAUUGAUUAUGGAUUCUCUGUCAGUCGAUAAAGUACAUGUA